AUGUCGCUGACUUCUGGUACCAAGGAGCGCAGCAUAUUAGGAAAUGGUUGGUAUUGCAUGUACAAGACAGAAUCUGAUGUGGAGUUCGAGAAAAAGCACUUCGAAAUGGCGAUGCUGAAUGUUAUUCGACACCCGAAUAUCAACUCGACCGUGAUCUUGCGCGCUGACAUGCUGAAAGAAUACGAGUACGACAUCGAAUCUGGUGAGAAACUCUCUUCCAAGGAAGAAAUACACAAAAUUUCAGACGCAGAAGCACAAGUUGUGAAUGUAGACGACAUUCGAAUCAGGAAUAUCGAUGUGGACGGAACUUUGGAUCUGAGUGUGAAGCUUGCGAUGGUGCGUCGGGUAAUCCCUCGCAAUCCUUACAAAGACGCUAUAAUCAAUCAAACGUGCUUGACGCUAAAUUCCACCAGUUUCCCGGAAACUUCUCUAAUCGUUUACAAACCGCACCUGGAUCAGAAAUCCAUAUGCCCAUUUUACAUUCCGCACGUAAAAGCUGUGGCCAUAUUACUACAUGAGAAGCAACUUUCGGUGCAUUACGUGCCGUUCACAGAAGCCGAUGCAGAUGAAUUGCACAACGAAGACGAGAGAGUUGUGAGAACCGCACGUCGCUUAUUGCAGACAGCCCACAAACACUCAACUGGUGUCAUGCGAGGCUAUGAAAAAAAAGUCGAGCAUGAUGUAGUGGUAGACAAAGUCUUAUUUCAAGAUCGGUACAUCUCGCUGAAGAAAAAGCAUUCACGCUUUUUAGUGGAUAAUUGGGCCGAAAGUACUGACCCCAAGAAGCACGUUUUUGAGGACAUUGCAAUUGCAGCAUUCCUCAUGGAGCUUUGGAUCAAAAUCUAUGGUUCGGACUACAAGUCAAAAAUGCAGUUUCGAGACUUGGGCUGCGGCAAUGGGGCUCUGUGCUACCUCCUCAUACAAGAAGGCAUCAAAGGCAUGGGGAUCGAUGCUCGUCAGCGCAAAUCUUGGAAAAUAUACCCUAAGGAGGUCCAACAGAAUUUGCAAGAGCAAGUAAUAAUCCCUUCCAUUCUACUGCGACCACAUCCAGAGGUCAAAAAACGGGCUCCCGAGCUUGACCACAACGGCAGAUUCUUUCCGAUCAAAAUACAAGAUAAAAUUGCUCCUGCCACAGUUGUUUACUCGAGUGAAGACCUUUUGAGGUCUCAGAGUGUCAAUGUAACGGAGUUUCCUCCUGAUACUUUCAUUAUCGGUAAUCAUUCUGACGAACUUACAUGCUGGAUUCCACUUCUGGGAUACCCAUUUGUCGUGAUUCCUUGUUGCUCACACAAUUUCUCAGGUCAAAGAGUCCGAUACGGCGUGAGAAAGGGCCACGCAAGAAAUGGAAACAGCACGUACGCUGGGUUAGUCGAUCGCGUAGAAGCCUUGGCUACCAGGGUUGGAUGGGAUGUUGAGAAAGAAAUGCUGCGGAUACCCAGUACCAGAAACGCUGCGAUCGUAGGGACUCAAAAUAAUAAGCUGAGUUCAUGGCCCACCCAAGAGGUUUACAAUACUAUCCUGGAAGAUGGAGGCGCUGAUGGCUGGGUGGAGAAUACCAUGGCGUUGGCAAAAAAAUCUCCGAGAGGGCAUUGA